GCGAUUUCCGGGGGGUGGGGGGGAGCGAGAUUCCAAAGGGAGACACCCCUUCCCUCUCCCAGGGACGCCCUUUGUACGAGUCACCCAUCCCUGAUCCUGCCCGGGGCAAAAGUUGCCUUCCCUUUGUUGCAAUCCAGCUUCCCUAACCCCCGAUGUCCCAGCGCUUUCACUGCGGGGGCCCCUCCUGCUGGUCAUCGCAAGAGCCUUUUGCAAACGCCCGGAAGGAUCGCGCGGAGCUCGGUAGAGGCUAAGAAUAUCAUCCGAAGAAGUUCACGAGGAUUAAAAUAUCAGUGACAUUGAUUACAACAGGGCUUCUCCUAUGAUAGUGGAAGACUGAACAUGUCAAUAAAAAAUCCAAGCUGAAGUCAAAAGAAAAGAUUCAUUUGAGCAAGCUUGCGCAAACUUUGUUUCAUUUCUUAAAAAAGAGAGAGAGGAGGAGGGAAAGAAGGAAGGUAGGAAAGGAAGGAAGGAAAGGAAGAGGAAAGAAAAGAAAAUUAAAUUAAGCAUUGCAUGUCAAGUGAUAAAUAUAACAAGGUUUUUUGGCAUUGAGAGAUAAUCUGCAAAAUAUCUUCCGUUCCACUAUGCAGCACAUAUGCCAGCGUCUCUGUUCACAGAAUUGUCUGCCUUGAAAAAUGAAUCGUUAAGUCUUCCUUUACUCUGAGUUCAAGGUCAAUUCCAAAAAUCCAUAAAAAGGCGGAGUCUGCAUUCUUCAAACACGAUGAAAAGGAUAUUGAGGAAAUGUUAAUCAGACUGGCUCAGGGUAGGGGGAAAAAAAGUCUGGGACCUGACCUCAUCGUUACACUUUUCUUCCCAGGAAGUUCAUUUGUAUGCAUGGCCCUAGUGAGAAAAGGGUACCACCAGGUGAUGGAACCAACCAAUUAAUCCGGUUCCAACAAAACACACAGCAAAGAGGAGUUUCCCUAGGAAAGGCCCAAAAACUCAGGUGGCAUCAGAUGGCAUCAGAAGAGAGAGACGCUCUCUGGGAAGCUGCAGGCAAUCCAAAGAUGGUUAAAAAUCCCUGGGGAAUUCAGAAUAAAAAGGAAAUAGAGGUGAGUCCGGAAUGGAAUCUUUCUAUGGAGGAAAAUCUGGCUCUGCAUUUGGAGAGCCUCCGUGGGGAAAAAUCCCUGGACACAGCCGAGCAAAAACACUCGCCAAAGAGAUAUCCCGAUUUCCCUCUGGAAUUCCAACCGGGGGACGAAGCGGAGAAUAUUGAAAUACAUGCUAGUUGCUUAGCGGGCGCAUCCCAAAUCAGCAUCAAAGAGGAAGAUUUAGGGCACCCCCAAUACGAGUGGGCGCUGUGCCAAAAACCCGUCCCAUUUCUGGCUCAAAGGAUCAAAAAGGAAGCCAGCGCGAAUCUUCCCCUGGAUUCAGAGAUUGGGGAGAACGCCGACCCGCCCUCUGUAUUCAAUAUCCAAAGGUGCCCGCCCUCCAUGUUUGCAAAGCAGGACGGGGGCUUUGCCAGAUCCCAGAAAAAUAUCCCCGUCGUCCUGGAAGAGCCGAAAGCGGAGAAAAUCUUCCCCUGCCCCGUUUGCGGCAAGGAGUUCAACCAGAAGUCCAAUCUCACCCGGCACCAUAAAAUCCACACCAUGGAAGGUUCGUAUAAGUGUCUCAAGUGCGGGGAAAGCUUCCGCAUGAACCGCCAGCUCCUCCGCCACCAACGGAUGCAUCUGAGCGACCCGUUCAAAUGCACCGAGUGUGGGAAGAGCUUCAGCCGGCGGUCCAACCUCAUCCGGCACCAAAGAAUCCACACGCGGGAAGCGCCGUACCAGUGCCCCGAGUGCGAAAAAACCUUCAACCAGAAGACCAACCUUUUCAGGCACCGUAUGAUCCACCUCCAGAUGGGACCUUGCAACUGUACCAAAUGUGGGAAGCUUUUCACACAAAGGAAAUACCUGGUGAAGCACCAAAAGUUGCACCUGAGUGAGGGAGACCAGAAAUGUUUCAUUUGCGGGAAGCAAUUCCGGCUGAAGAAAUACCUCCGGCGACACCAGAAAAUCCACAGUCGCCAGGCCCCAAAUAUUCACGAAACUCAGAUGGAGUGACCAGGUUUGGCAAGGAGAAGAACUGGAACAUACAGGAAUGGUGGAAAAAAGCCAGAAUGGCACUUAGCCACUGCCUCUUUUAGCGACCCUUCGUCGUUAACGACGGGAAA